UUCAACGUCGCAGAAUGAUUGUCGGAGCAGCAAAUAAAAAUUCUAAAAAUUUCUAUAAAUAAAAACUCUUAAAAAGUUUUUCAUUUGAGUUGUUGCAUUCUCUCUCUCCUAUUAUUUUGAGUUUUCCCAAAAGCCCUUCAAUUUCUCCUCCUAACAAGAGUUUUUGUCGAAGCUUUUGAAGGGAAGAGAAAGGGGUAAAAAAGUAAAUUCACAAAGAAAAUGGGAAACUGCGCAAACAAGCCGUUGACAACAGAAGGAGAAGCCCCGGUUGAAGUACCGGAAACAAAGGCAACAACAACAACGGAGAGAGAAAUUGAAGUUGAUCAAAACAAGGUUUCAUCUCUCGCUCAAAUAAUGUUAGAGGAUGAUGGAAAGAAGCCUGAAGCUGAGAGCGCCGUAAAGCCAGCUGAGGAGAAGGCCUCGGAGCCACCAAAGGUUGAGGAAGUAGCCAAAGAAGUGGCUGUUGAAACUAAGAAAGAAGAAGCUCCAAAGCCGGCUGCUGAGCCGAAGAAGGAAGAGGCUAAGCCAGCAGCCUCUGAGCCCAAGAAAGAAGAGACUAAGCCAGUUGUGGCUCCAGCUCCGGAGGCAGCCGCGGCUCCAGCUCCAGCAGCCACAGCUCCAGCUCCAGCUGCAGCCACGGCUCCGGCUCCAGCCACAGCUGAGAAGAAAUGAGAGGCAAAAUGAAGAAAAUAUUAAAUGUUGAUUUGCUGUUAAAAGAAAUACUGAGCAAAAAAAAAAUAUUUAUACAAAAGGAAAAAAAAAAAAAAAAAAAAAAAAGGAAGUGAUAAUGACAAUAAGUUUGUGAUUGGGUAGGACAAAUUAUUAAUUGAAAAUUUACAUUAGUUUAUAUGGGAUUUUGUUUAAAUGAAUAUGUGAAUGUAUGGGGCCAAUGGGGGAGUGUUUUGUGAUUUAUUUUUUUGUGUUGUUUUGUUAGGGGAGAUUGAGUUUCAUGAAUUUAUUAUUUCUUUGUAAACAUCUUGAUAUGUUGGAUUGUUCAUUAAAAUUACUCUUAUUUA